CUGCAGUUUCAUAGUAUUCUUGUUUUGGGCAUAUUAUAAUGGUAUUUUAUCCUUUUAUCUACUUACAGAAAAAUGGCAGAAGUUGAUCAGCCUGGGAAAAUUUUCAUAGGAGGCCUCAACACAGAGACCAAACAAAGAACUCUUCAAGUAGUAUUUGGAAGAUUCGGACCCAUAACACAAGUUAUUUUGAUGAAAGAUCGGGAAACUAAGAAGUCUAGAGGAUUUGCUUUCAUUACUUUUCAACGUCCUGCAGAUGCUAAGAAUGCUAUCAAAGAAAUGAAUGGAAUGUCUUUGGAUGGAAAAAAAAUUAAAGUAGAGCAAGCCAACAGACCACCACUUGAAAGUGGUAGUCGGCGGAGACUACCACCCUUUUCAAGAGCAAGAGGCCCUUCAAGAGUUCUGAAAUGUGGCAGAGGAGGAAGUAGCAGAGGAAGAAGUCGUCCUUUGCGUGAAGAAAAUUUGGAUGAUGAUGGAUAUACUACUGAUUUUGACACGAGUUCUUCUCGGAGACACUUUGCAGUUAAAAGAAGUUCAUCUUCAAAAAAUGAAGGGCCUUCUUCUAAAAGAUCUGCUUCUUCUGCUCUGACAAGAAACAGUACUGGACUGAGAGGACGGGAACCACAUGGUAGAGAGAUUUCUAGAAAUGUGCCAAGAAGAGAGACGGUGUCUUCUAGAAGAGAAGACUAUGUAUUACCAAGAGAUGAUGGCCACUCUUCUAAAGAUAGUUAUUCUAGGAGAGUUUAUCCCAGUUCUCGAGAUACCAAGGAAUAUGCUUCAACAUCUAGAGGAUAUGGAUACCGUGAUUAUGACUGUUACAGCUCUCGGGAUGAACAUGCUUCUAAAGUCCUCAGUGAACAUGUUGACUAUCGCAGGGGACGUGAUAGAGAUUUUUCUGGAUAUUCCACUGGAAGCUCAUACAGAGAUACAUAUGAAAGUUAUGGAAGCUUCCAUGAGGCACAAUCUGCAAGAGGGACUUACAGUGGAAACAACCGCUAUGAUGACUAUAGUAGCUCACGAGAUGGAUAUAGUAGAAGCCGAGAAAAUUACUCAAGCAGCCGAAGUGAUAUAUAUUCAAGUGGUUAUGAACGUAGUGAUAGGCAGGGAAUGCUUCCACCUAUUGAUAGGGAAUACCAUGAGCAUGGAAGCAGACAAGAACGAGGGCAUUCACCUAUGGAUAGGAUGUAUACUCUUUCUCGUGAGUCAUAUAGUAGUAGUUCAAGGUUUGGGAGCACCAGUGGAGGUCGUGGAGAAAGCAGAUAUGAAAGUGGAGGCAGGUACUAAAA